AAUCGAUUCGCGCGAGGAAACGAUUUUCUCCUGCCAGGCUCCAUUUGCCGGGGCGUCACUGCGCGCAUGCGCGGUGUGACCCGCAUGACGUCACGGGGAGAGGUGAGGACGAGGAGACGAGAGGAGUGGGCCCAGAAAGAAAAAAAGAGCGUGCUUCUUGAAUCCGGGCGCGUUGCGAACCGCCGAGGAUGAGCACGGCGCAGCUGAAUGGCCACCCUGGGGGGGCCGACGAUGACGACGCGGUGGCCGGGGGGGCCGAGGGACACCGUGAGAUGGCCGUGGACUGCCCCGCGGAGUUGGGGCCGCGCACCCACGCGGUGCAGCAGAGCUUCCGCUCGCUGCAGCUGGAGCGCAUCAAGCAGCAGCAGGACGACAUGCGCCGUCGGCGUGAGGAAGAGGAGCGGAAGCUGCGGGAAUUGGACAUCAAUGCCUCGAUCCGUCUAAAGCAUCUGGCACAAGUUCCGCCCAAGAUCGGCAUCGACAACCCCAACUUCGACCAGGAGGAGGAAGGCGUUGUCCUCUCCACCUCUGCUGGUUGGAAUGCGGCUCACAUCCUAGAUUUGGACGAGCUGCAGACGUCGGUGCAGCUGAUGCAGAACCUCUUGAAGGACAACCAAAGUGCGCAGGACCUGGACGUGCUCAGCCAGCUGCUGCAGUCGGCCGACUUCCGCAAAGCGCUGAGCAUCCACAACGCGGUGGCCUUCUACAUGAAGCGGCCCAGCCCACCCUUCCCCCGCUGCGGAAACGCCCAGCAGAUCGCCCAAGACGUCAGAAAUCACCUGAACACGUCCCAUCAGAAGGAGGGACAUGAGCUGCGGUCCUUGCUGGGAGGAAGUGACUUCCAGGCCAUGCUGUUUGUGCACGACGCAGUGGCCCAGCGGGAGAUGUCCACCGAGGCGACGUUGGCGGGCGAGUGGACAAAGCGGCUGUCCCAGCACGGGGAGGAGACGGUGCGCGUGGUGCGCAUAGACAAGGCGCGCGACGUGCCGCUGGGGGCGACGGUGCGGAACGACGGGGAGUCCGUGGUGAUCAGCCGUGUGGUGCGCGGGGGCGCAGCAGAGAAAAGUGGCCUCCUGCACGAGGGAGACGAGAUCCUGGAGAUCAACAACAUCCCCAUGCGGGGCAAGGACGUGAACGAGGUGUUUGACUUGCUGGCCGAAAUGCACGGAGUUCUGACGUUCGUCAUCAUCCCGACUCGUUUCCACAAAGCUACACAACCCAAAGAAACUGUGGUGCACAUGAAGGCCCUGUUUGACUACGACCCGCUGGACGACCCCUACAUCCCGUGCCGCGAGCUGGGCCUGUCCUUCCAGAAGGGCGACGUGCUACACAUCAUGAGCCAGGAGGACCCCAACUGGUGGCAGGCGUUCCGCGAGGGUGAGGAGGUGAACCAGCCACUGGCCGGCCUCGUGCCAGGGAAAAGCUUCCAACAGCAGCGGGAGGUCAUGAAGCAGACGGUGGAGGAGGAUGACAAUAUGGAGAAGUCGGGAAAGCUGUGGUGCGCCAAGAAGAACAAGAAGAAGAGGAAGAAACUUUACGAGAUGGAUGCCGAUGAAAUCCUGACGUACGAGGAGAUGGCGCUGUACCACCAGCCUGCGAACCGCAAGAGACCUAUUGUGCUCAUCGGGCCUCCCAACUGUGGCCGCAACGAGCUACGAACGAGACUCAUGGAGAGUGACGCGGACCGUUUUGCUGCCGCAACGCCCCACACGACGCGUGGCAUGAGGGACAACGAGGUGGACGGGCGCGACUACCACUUCGUGUCACGGCAGGUGUUUGAGGCGGACAUUGGAGUUCACAAAUUCAUUGAGCAUGGCGAGUUCGAGAAGAACCUCUACGGCACCAGCAUCGACUCGGUGCGACAAGUCAUCAACUCGGGCAAGAUCUGCGUCCUCAACCUGCACACCCAGUCUUUGAAGCUGUUAAAGAAUUCCGAUUUGAAGCCGUACAUUAUUUUUGUGGCACCGCCGUCACAAGAACGACUCCGAGCCAUGAUGGCAAAAGAAUCAAAGAACCCCAAACCAGAGGAGCUGCGGGAGGUGAUCGAAAAGGCCCGCGAGAUGGAGCAGGGCUACGGCCACUACUUCGAUGGCAUCAUCGUGAACGCCGACCUGGACAAAGCCCACCAGGAGCUGCUGCGGCACGUCAACAAGCUGGACACUGAGCCACAGUGGGUGCCGUCCUCGUGGCUGCGCUGAGCAUGCCCUCGAGACCCCCCCCACCCUCCCGACUCAACCGUGGAUAGCUGUCGAUGCGUGUAAUGCGGUGUGAAUGGCUGUCGAGAGUACGCUUUCACGAAAAUGCUGCUGGAAUUCGAGUUGUGCAUUGCGGUGCCUUUCAACAGCACCGGCCGUUCACUCACUCCCCCCAUUUCCCACUGCCCAAGCUCCGCUGUUGGCCUUAACACGGCUGCUGACAGCAAAUUUCACGAGGCCACACGAGUCUAAAUCCCACGUAGCGUCGCAAUAUCGUUCCGUCAAUGUGAAGGGUGCUCAUGUUCAUCCUGUUCACCACGUAGAUCAGAGGAGCACCGCGCUUGGCUUUUGCGCAAGCACAGCGCUGCCGCGGAGGACUCUUUAAUACAAAUUUACAGAGUUUCUGAGUCGUUGGCAUACCCACGAUUCAACCGGAUAUUACAAUGUUCGUUGAAAGCGCUGCUUGGCUUGAUAGUCAUAACUUGAUAUGAGGAAAAAAAUGUGUAUAAAUUGGCUCGUUCUGUGGAGUCUGGUAGUAAUCUUGGGAUAUCAUAGGGCGACGUGUUUUAAUACCUUAGGCCGCGGAAUAAUCUGAACAAAUUUGUUGCGAAGCUCGCCAAAUUGUUACGUAGCCUAACCCAAAAAUCUAUUAUGAAUCAUAUCGGCGACGAAACCCUAUGUAGCAAGUUCCCAUGAUCUCAAUCUUCGUGUAAUCAUCAUCAUCCCGUCUCCUACUUGCCGGUGCAAACGUGGGCUCUAUGCAAAAUUGGCCGCACUUAAAAUAUCAACACAAAGGCCUAUUAUAUUACACCAGUACAGAUCGUAGCACCGGUGCGCGUAUCAUAUCAGCAUUUGCGUGUAUGACUCGGGCGUAGACAUCACACCGCACCGUCGGUGUAGGAUGAUGUUCACCCGCAUGCUUCCUGGUGAUGCUCAGCAGCCCCGGGAGUCACCAACCCAGAGAGGGGCUCCGUGGCCUUGAUGGUUCCUUCAGAAAGCGUCGUGGCUAAGGCUGUUGAUGCCACCCACAUUACAACACCGAGACUGAUUUGUCAAUUUAACACCAGCUGAGAACCAGCUGACAUUCUUGCUUUUUUUAUUAUAAUCGAUUGGAUGAUUAAACGUUGAUCAAUAUCUUUUGGACAAGUAACUUGUUUUAAAAUUUGCUAUGAUGACAUAAUGCCUUACAAUUUUGAAUGGUGAAGUUACAGGUUAUAACAUCCACUUCACAUUUGGUAAAUGAGAAUUUCUCACUGAGACCAUUAAGCAACACCAGGAAUUGAACCAACUACAAUUAAUGUACCAGAACCGUUUCACUUCCAUGAGAGGUCUUCUGUGCAGCAUUGUGUUGCCAGGAGAAUUCUAAGUGAGCACAGUUAUCUUGUACUGACGAUCGGUAAUGGUUUUCUUGUACUGUUGAUCGGUAAUGGUUAUCUUGUACUGAUGAUCGGUAGUGCGAAUUUAUACACGGUGCUCCGCUACGUUGAAACGUGGAGAUACCACGCGUUGUAGAGCCCUCAUCCUGGCAGCAAAUAUCUAUCAAUGUCCUCGUCGCUCAAACGAGCAAUGGGGUGGCACUCGUCUCCUUUGGUGGCUUUGAGCCAGUGGUGGAAAUUCCACCUUGCCCUGGAGGGGUACAGUCUCUCCAUUGGAUGAUCACAUUGCUGGGAUUCUCACAGGACUGGUGCUUAUCUUUACCCUGGGGGAUGAUCGGCUGAGUCGAGCAACGCAGACGUCAGCGUCGUGGAGAGUACAAGUAACAGAAUAACUAAACGGAAGAUGUGCCCCCUUUCCAUAUCUGUCCCUCCACAUAAAAUACAAGUAGACUUUACUUUGUAUGUAUGCAUGUUGAACUUAUGUCGUAGUCAGCCUUGCUAAUCGGAGCAUUCCACCAGCCACACGGCCUUCUGGGAAUGGUUAAUUUAAGCAAGAUUGGUUGAACUAAAUGCAUAUCUCGGACCGAAAUCUAACAAAGAGUGUCUUUGCCUAUAAACAUCUGACAGUUUAUGAGCUUUUUUUCAAGUAAGCCCGAUGACACACUGAAUGUCGAAACUGGCCCAGAGUUUGCUUGUGUUGAACCAUUGCUAAAAGUCUGCAUUUCCAGGUGGAUCUGUAAAAAAUUAUAUAUUUUUGCAUAUGUGGAGGAGGCAUAUGGUUGCUUAUUGGUCUUGUCUCUUGAGUCAGCUUUGGCGAGCAUGUUGGUGGUGAUAGUGGUGGGAGUAGUGUAGCGGUUAUUGCUGCGCUGCGCUACGAACCCGGCGACCCGAGUUCGGUUCUCGCUCACGGCCACCAACAACAUUGACGAUUAUCUGAACCAGUCAUGGGCCUUCCCUAGGUCGACUCAAAUGAGUACCUGGUGUGGUGCAUAAAAACAUCGCCACUGGGAAGACAAAGGCGGUCUGACGUGGUGCUGGCCACCCACCCCCUCGUGUGCUGUGCCGGCCUCAAUAGGUGCUUGCUAACAGCACUUGCCUUAACAGUCUGUUAAGGCUAUAUGGGGGAUCUUUGUCUCUGCUAGUAGAGAGUGCAUGGUGGCGGUGGUGGUUGGGAUGGUGGGGGUGGUGGUGGUUGGGGUGGUAGUGGUUGUAGUGGUGGUUAGAGUGGUAUUGGUAGUGGUUUGAGUGGUAGUGGUGACAGAGGUGGUAUGGAGGUUAGGGUGGUGGUGGUGUUGAUGGCGGUGGUUGAGGUGGUGGUGGCGGUAGCGGUGGUAGUUGGGGUAGUGGUUGGGGUUGGUGGUGGUGACGGCGAUGGUGGUGUGGAGGCCCCGCUGGGCUGAUGGCCGCUCCAUGAUGCUGUGUCCGCAUCCUCUACCUUGGCUCACAGAGCUGACGUUCCGCGUUCACACGAUUGGCAGUGGCAGCAGCAAGAGUGGCCGAUAUCCGGCAGCGAAACCGCCAAACGUGAUUGUACGCUACAGAUUUGCAACAUUUUCCUGCUGCUAAUAAUUGGAAUGCUUCGACAAGACACAGUUUAUCUUGCACCAUUGCCACUGUAUGCAAUGAACAUUUUGUGGAACAAUUAAAUUUUUGAUAUUUUGGGUUUCGGGCAUCUGUAAAAUAUUAUUUUUAACGGAUUACCUAAAGAAAGAUGUAUGUAUAUUUUUGUCGCAGAGGAUCGUUUAUAUAAAAGAAUGGUAAAUUAUGCAAAAUGUGAAGGGUUUGUCUAGCCAGAUUUUAAAAGCAUUAUCAGUCCGAGUAAAAUCACGUGGCCUCGUUGGUCGCUUGAGCGACCAUCACGCCGCAACAACGAGCAGCAACAACGAGCAGCAACUGCGCAGUGCCGUGAAUACGCAGUUGGUGAAUAGCAACUGCGUUGUACUCGCAAGUUCAAACUCAUUUAUUACAAUAGGUUGUUACGCAUCCUCGUGUGUCUCAAUUCAGUUUCAGCCGUAACUUUAAUAACAAGUGAUAAAUGGUAGGUAAGAGGUGUCAUUGGAGUUCCCCCAUGAAGCCUGCACCAGGUGCUGGACAGAGCAAAUGUGCCUGGAAAACCUGGCCUUCACGAUGGCCAUCUUCAGGCUAUGUAGGCCCGUUGUAUUGUUUCACCAAUUUACACGAACGAAGUUAUUGUUGUUGGUUUGUAUUACCAUUGAGGUUAGUUCUCUCCUGCGCCAAACUAAUAUAAACUGACUAGGAGCAUGUGCUGGAUAAAUGAGUCGGGUUUUAGAUUAAGGAGCCACUUCCAUGAAGUAGGGCUCCCGUACCAUGAUUUCACAGUGUGCCGUGACGUUUCAGUACUUGGCGACGGAGCAAUAUACAUUACCUGUUGAUCCAUUCAGUGGGUUUCUAUCGUCACGGACAUUGAAUCCAGCCUAUUGAUUCCCUCUACAAUGAACGACGUAAUCUGGCGGCAAACAACGAUGUACAUAAUACAAAUGUAUUGCGUGUUAAAAACAAAUGUCAUCAUAAUCGGAAUUACAAGUCAAGCUUAUUCUAAAUCACAUUCUUGUCUUAAAAAAAUAUUUUAAUAUUAUAGAAAAAUCCACUCUACACACACGAGUACAGUUCACACCCGUCCAUUACAUUUUUGUCAUGGUCCAUUCUAAAAGCUUGCGACGGCUGUUGAAUGCGCGCCUAUUGAGUCCGUCUAGUCUCCUCGCUGUCGAUUCCGCAGGUAGUCUGGCAGCUUUCUCUGUCUGCCCGCUUAAAACUUCUUCCCACCGAUGUUUAUUUAGCAUCGUGCUCACAUCGGCCUCUGUAGGACAUUCUCAUCAACACAGCUGGGCCCACUGUCAUCGCCGCAUUUUAUUUCCUCGACAAGAUGCGUUGGUUGGAACAGCUCUAGCCCAACCGGUCAGCGGCCAACGCCUGCACUGAGAGGGUUAAACAACUCCAUAUCACAAUACUUGAGGUGGAGACGUGUGGAUAGUGCUACAAUAAUGUAAUCAUUGAACACAGAGAUGAUGGGGUUUUUUUAACGAAAUAAAUAUCUGGAAAUAAUUAGUGGGUGGUUUUGACGAAAGUUUUUAGUUGCCGUUUUGAGUUGUUAAAAACAGCCGAGUAUUUCCCAGACCACAAGGUUAACAAAAAGACGUGCACUUUGGUGCAAAGUAUAAACACAGAACGGCGCCCCAGAUGACGGCCCCACAGUCUGUGGCGUGUUCCUUUCCCCCCGCCAUCAUCUGCCCUCUCGCAGCCUGCAAUGUUUGCCCCCCACCAUCACUCCCCCACCACCCCUACCACCCCCACCGCCGUACAACAAGUCUCACUACAUCCCCUCACUCCCCCACCGACUUCUCUAAGUAAAGCGACUCUAACCCACCUUGAAGAUGCUGCCUGCAUGUGCCGGUCAGGGCAGCCGCCCUGGGGACCUUGGGAGUGGCUGUAUAAGUGGCCACGGACUGCGACGAUUUGUUCUGCUUCGAGUUCCCCCCCACCGCCACCACCCCCACCACCCCCGGGCGACGCGCGAUCGGUUCGAUCCACCCGCAUUGGGAUGUGAAGUCGUCUCUCUGGCUCACACAUUGUCUUCAACAUUAAACCGAUUGGCAUCUUCUCGACGUGAAGCAGUCACUGUCGUGUUUAGAGUGGCAGGGUGGAAGCGCAGUUGGACGUACGUCGAACUUCUUUCGCGCCAUACGUAGACAACUGUGCUCAUCGGAAGUGGGGGAAAAUGUUGCGGCAUUUGUGCCUCGCGGUAAGAAUGGACCGAGGUUCGAAUCCUGCUGUCCGGGAAUCGGCAUCUGUGUUCGGAUAGCAGAAAUGUAUUUGUGCCGAGCUGUGGUACAGGUAUUGUGGUGAACCUUUUGGCAGUUUACUGCACCGUCUUAAUACACUUAGGCUGAGAAAUUCGUCCUGGUUUGGCUGCGCUCGUUGUGGGGGUUAGAAAUGGCCACUUGACUCAGUCGCCUAAGGCUUCUCACAGAAUCACAGUUGCAGCGCUGUUUCAAACGCACCAGGAGUGAUCUGUAGAACCUUCUUCUCCAGUAAAGGAUUUAGGAACGUGUGGAAAUGUCUCCGUGGAGUUGGAUUGACGUGCAUACCGAUGAAGAUCGACCGUCGGUGACUGUUAAGUCCUGCAGUGAGCGUCUACAGGAGGCUUCACUCUCAGCCGCGCUGAACCUGCGUGUAGCCAAAGCCUGGCCACUACCUUCUGAGGGCUUGCCGCGGGCUCUCGCUCGGGCCACACGAUGGAUGCUUCCUUGGCACCUUAGCACUGUGUCGCUCACGGCUGGUUGUUUGCAGAUGAGGCGAUGAGUUGAAACCCACAGAUGCGUCACCUUUUUGACCGUCGGGAAUAUCGCAACCAGGCAGUUCGAGCAAUAACCGUGCAUAGCUGUUAAUAUUGACUGUAGACACGUGUUGUAUUGAAAUAAAUAUGAUAGACUGGAGGAACCAUGUUUGUAUCCUUUAAUUAAUAAUAUAUUUUUGAGUUAGGCAACUUAAGGAUCUGGCCAAAUCUGUACUAUAAGACCCUCCACCACUCAAAAUGGUCCAACAGAGUACGAUUAUUUCACGUGGCAAUUAAUUAUUGUCGUGUCAGCUCACCGGUGAUUUGGAGAAUAAUUUUCACAUUUAAAUUUGGAACUGUGCCAAAGCAUCUUCACGACAAAAUCCAGUAACAUUUGUUGAGGGUCUUACGUCACAGAUUUGGCCAAAUCAUUUCACGUCCUACCCCCAAAAGCAACUAUGAAUCAUAAUACCGACUACGAAAACCUGCUUGCUAAAUUUGUUUGAUUUGUUGUUGUUGGCUGACAUCGGUUAACUACAACGCUGUUGUUUUGGAAUAAUUAUUUCCCCGCGAGUAGCAGUGCUUAUAUUCAGAAAGCAUUGCUUCCUCGUUUUGUGAGAGCAAAGAGCACCCAGGACUUAGCGCGAGAGCUUCAUGCAGCUCCUGGUCGUGGACGUAGACCCGCUCGUGUCCGCAUCCCCAUCGCUGGUUCCAUCUCUGGUUCCAUUGCUGGAUUCAUCGCCGGUUCCCUCGCCGGUUCCAUCGCUGGAUCCAUCGCUGGUUCCAUUGCUGGAUCCAUCGCUGCUUCAGAGGAUCGUGCACGAGUCGUACUGCCACGAGCGGUCAUCUAGGUUCACUUCCUUCGUGUAAAAUCUUUAUAGAAUGUAAGUACAGUGUAUAGCAAUGUUACUCUCGAGUCUCUAAUUUGAAAUAUAUUGCAAAAUAGUGUAUAUUGUACUUAUUCAUAAAGUGUAUUCUUACUAUUGUUUAGACUUACAUAUUAUAAUUCCUGUUCAUAUUUUUACGUAGUCGCGUCUCUUGCAUUGUCUCAUGACUUCUCACGAGGCAAUCGUCAAGAGCUUCUGGAGUUGGAUAGACGGAAUGGCCGUAGACGGCUUUGAUAUGAAUCCCGGGACGCUGCGAUUCUUCAUCGAGCGUCGUUUGCCGACGAAGCGGAAAUUCGCACGUCACGUCCGACGUGUGAAAUGGCAUCAACCGACUUAUACUACUCGUUCAUUGGACACUCGUGAGUGAGGCUUGCAGCGGUUUGGUUUUGGAAUGAACAUUUUAUCGUUGGUUACCGCAUACCGAGGGGCAUUUGGGAAUGUAUGUUUCCUUUGUACAAUGUUUUAAAAACUAGAAAUGUAAACGAAUCAGUAUUACUGUGUAAAGGGUUGUUGUUAGCACAUUGUGUGUUUUGUAGUGAACGUGUUCCAUUAAGGUUGACGCUGUAAAUCCGUUCCGAACCUCUCUGCGCUGCUUCAUCAUUCCACGGUUCCAAGCGAUUAUCCAGCUAUGCAGCUCUUGAGAGAAUAACUCCUUUGGAAAUUUCACAAAUGAAACAAAUAAAGUAUUCCCGUUGUUUUA